AUGUCAAACAUUCGCGGUCGUGGAGGGAGUGGUACCCGUGGUAGAUCAAAUACCUCUUCUCCAUCUCCAUCUCCAUCUCCAUCUCCAUCAUCGUCUCGAGAUUCAUCUUUAAAUCGUCCUGCAACACAUUCAGUGAACCCUAUUUCCAUUCCUCAAACACAAUCCACAUCGCCAGUACCAACCACGACAAACGCUAAUCGUCGUUUAAUGAAAGAAUUGAGUUCAAAAUUCACUUGUAAUCAGCAACCGAACACGCGUAAAUUUGUUCCAAAUGUAGCUGCUGCUUCACAACGAAAAAAACAAGAUGAUACUGCAUCAACAUUAGCGACUAAUUAUGCUGUAGAUAAUAGUCAACCAAAAAAAAGGGAUAACAAAGGACCCGAACCACGACGAAAUGAUCGAUCAGCUGGUUAUAUUCAACUAGAGGGAGUAUUUGACGGAAAUUCUCAAGUACCACCAUCUUUCAGUUCUGCGGACCGUUCGGCUGCGAAAAUAUCAGCAACAGAACGUGAUAGUACUUCAGUUAAAGUUAGUUCAGUGUUAUUAAAUUCAAAAAAGACGAUAACAAAAAAAAUUGAUGAAUAUGAUGAUGAGUUUAAAUAUGAAAUUGAGGAAGAGUAUGAACCGAGACAAAUUCCGAUUCGUCAAAGAAAGUCAAUAUUUAAUAUUAAACAAGAAAUAGAAACACAACAGCAGCAAACUACAAAGUCUGAACCUAUUGAUUCUAUUCUUCAUUUAAUCGAAAAUCAAAAGCUAUCAAAAACUUCAUCAUCUUUUGUUAAAUCUGAACCUGUCGAUCCAACUACAACAACGAUGAAACCUUCACCAUUACCAACAGCAGCAGAUAUAUCCCAAUUAAUUUUAAUGCAAUUUCCUGAUGUUUUGCCGUGUACAAAAACCACUACCACUAUACAAUCGUCUUCAGAUAAACCAGAACUGGCAUCAUUAAACGAAUUGCCAGACGGAUAUUUAGGAAAAUUACAAAUAUUUAAAUCUGGAAAAUGUCAAUUAAAGUUGAGCAAUAAUACUGUAUUAGAUGUUGAUCUCGGACAACCAACAUCAUUUUUACAAAAUGUAAUGGUAACAGAAAUGAUGAAUGGAAAUGAAGCAACGUCAAUCAACACGAACAAUAGUAAUAACGAUAUGAAUAAACUUGUUUGUCUAGGGGAUAUCAAACAUAAACUGAUUGUAUCAUUAAAUGUUGAUCAUAUUAUGGAUACAAAUACAUGA